GAGAGAGAGGGAGAGAGAGGGAGAGAGCGUGAGCGCGCGCAAGCUAGCGAGCAAACCAGGGACAGACGGAGAGACCAGGAGAGAGACCCAGAGAAAAAGAAGCAGCUGAGCUCUGUCAGGGCUCAACCUUCAACUUGUUUCAGUUCAUUCAUCCUUCUCUCUGCUUCGGGAAGUGACUGGCACUCGGUCUCUACAAGUUCUUCCCUAAGAAGAUGAAAAUCACACAAAUGAUUCACUUCUACAUGACCAACUUUGGGCUUCUUUUUCUGACUAAUAUCUUCCCUGGAACCACUGGCCAAGGGGAAUCAAGACGACAAGAACCUGGGGACUUUGUGAAACAGGAUAUUGGAGGACUGUCUCCUAAGCAUGCCCCAGAUAUUCCCGAUGACAGCACUGACAAUAUCACUAUCUUCACCAGAAUCUUGGAUCGUCUUCUGGAUGGCUAUGACAACCGGCUGCGACCUGGGCUUGGAGAUGCAGUGACUGAAGUGAAAACUGACAUCUAUGUGACUAGUUUUGGCCCUGUGUCAGACACUGACAUGGAGUAUACAAUUGAUGUAUUUUUUCGACAGACAUGGCAUGAUGAAAGACUAAAAUUUGAUGGACCCAUGAAGAUCCUUCCAUUGAACAAUCUUCUGGCUAGUAAGAUCUGGACCCCUGACACCUUCUUUCAUAAUGGAAAGAAAUCAGUGGCUCAUAACAUGACCACACCCAACAAGCUGCUCAGAUUGGUGGACAACGGGACCCUCCUCUACACAAUGAGGUUAACAAUCCAUGCUGAGUGUCCCAUGCAUUUGGAAGAUUUUCCCAUGGACGUGCAUGCCUGCCCACUGAAAUUUGGAAGCUAUGCCUAUACAACAGCAGAAGUGGUUUAUUCUUGGACUCUUGGGAAGAACAAAUCUGUGGAAGUGGCCCAGGAUGGCUCUCGCCUGAAUCAGUAUGACCUGUUGGGCCAUGUUGUUGGAACAGAGAUAAUCCGGUCUAGUACAGGAGAAUAUGUCGUCAUGACAACUCACUUCCAUCUCAAGCGAAAAAUUGGCUACUUUGUGAUCCAGACCUACUUGCCAUGUAUCAUGACUGUCAUUCUGUCACAAGUGUCUUUCUGGCUCAACAGAGAGUCUGUCCCUGCACGCACGGUUUUUGGUGUCACCACGGUUCUUACCAUGACCACCUUGAGUAUCAGUGCCAGAAACUCGUUACCUAAAGUGGCAUAUGCGACGGCCAUGGACUGGUUCAUAGCCGUCUGUUAUGCCUUUGUGUUUUCUGCGCUGAUUGAAUUUGCCACUGUUAACUACUUCACCAAGCGGAGUUGGGCUUGGGAAGGCAAGAAGGUGCCAGAGGCCCUGGAGAUGAAGAAGAAAACACCAGCAGCCCCAACAAAGAAAACCAGCACCACCUUCAACAUCGUGGGGACCACCUAUCCCAUCAACCUGGCCAAGGACACAGAGUUCUCCACCAUCUCCAAGGGCGCUGCUCCCAGUGCUUCCUCAACCCCGACUAUCAUUGCUUCUCCCAAGGCCACCUACGUGCAGGAAAGCCCGGCUGAGACCAAGACCUACAACAGUGUCAGCAAAGUUGACAAAAUUUCCCGUAUUAUCUUUCCUGUGCUCUUUGCCAUAUUCAAUCUGGUCUAUUGGGCCACAUAUGUCAACCGGGAAUCAGCUAUCAAGGGCAUGAUCCGCAAACAGUAGAUGUUGGUGGUGGCACAGCAACCAGAGCACUGUAUACCCCAUAAAGCAUACUGGCACCCAAACCCCGGGGCUCCCCUUCAUGUGUUUCAGGAUUGUUCUUUUUAACCCUCUACCAAGCUGUGACUCUAAAUUCAUAUUUAUUAAUCCCAAUGAAAAAAUAACUACAGAAAAAUUAUUUGUCUUUCUAACAUUGCUGAAUAUGCCCCCAUCAGAGCCAAACACUGCCAUUUGUCCAGUUGUUCAUCUUAGUCUACCAGUCUCCCCCAGCUGAGGGCCCUGCAUGUACUUUAUUGCACUCUGCCCACUGCAGAAGGAACAGGAGACUACUUAAUAAAGUGGGUUUGAGAGGUCAAGACAGGAGGAUUGUUGACUGGUCCAGAUCAGAUGAUUCUGAAUCACUGGGGAGUCAGGCUGGGCUAUCCCAUGUGGUCCUGCCUACUACCUCCCCUGCCUACAUCAGGGCCUACUGGGAAUAAGUACUGAUAGCAAAGGCAUGAGCCAAUGCUAACCUCUGAACAUGGCCCCUAAUAACUUUCUUGGCUUGGAAGUUAGUGGGGAAAAAUUAAGGGUCACCACUGUUUACCACAUAUGGCCAAA